GGUAGCUUAGCUUACCUGAUCAAAAUCCCUUGCGUAGAUAGAAAUCAUUUUCUAAAAGCCGUCGACCACCCCCACCUUCGAGCAGAAGCAAAACCUUUUUCCCUCCCGCAUCUACAAUCCAUCCACAAUCGCAAUAGGAACCGCAACCACAACGGAGCAAGCACUGGCAAAGCUGGGAGCAGAGGAGCUCGAUAGAAUCCUCACCGCUGUCAUUGCUGAUCCCAACGCCAUGUUUCGCAUCACAGAUGAUAUUUCCCCUCCUACCGAGCCAGUCCAACCUUACAUCACAGAGAUGGAUACACGCCGCGGCCUCUUCGACGAGUUUCAGGCGCUUUGCCACCACUAUAAAGGAGCCAGUAAAUGCAACGAUACUCGCCCUGUUUAUGGUCGCGCCCGUCUCGGAGAUUCGCAAUUUUCUGCAAUCUGUCCGCGAUGUUGACAUGCCAACGUUCAUGCCGCUUAUGUUAGCUGGCGUUAUCACACGCGCACCGGAUGGAAUCAGAGCUUUCGCAGAAUGUAGGCGUCUACGUCUUACGCAACUUCUUCCCGAAGUUCGUUCUCCCGAGUCGUUGCUUAUGGCGGUGCCUACCGCAAUUCUUAACGAACCGGGGUAAUCUGCCCUUCCUAACUGGGUGGCAAGAAGUCACAUAUUCUCCGAUCAGGUAAA